CAUCAGUAGCAGACCUUCCCACAUUGUGUACGAUGAAGCUUUGCGUGAAGUUUCUUGUUUUUCUGGGAACACUUCCAUGGGUUGCCUUUUCCUUCGUUCCAAUGCAAACCCGACUUGCUCCUGGACACCAUUCCGGGUUUUGCAAGAGGAUUGUACGAAGUGAGCUGUAUGCAAGCUCGAUGCCUCUUUCAAAUAGAUCACCUAUGCAAAAAAUGGCUUCGAGUGGACGAAGUUUUGCCUCCUCAGUGAAAAGCAAGAUUCAAAACAGUGAAGUCUCCUUUUGGAGAGCCGCAGCAUUGACAUUCUUCUCGACCUUGAUUACAUACCGCAGUGCCAUCGAUAUUCAACUGGUGCAUCUAUGGACAUUCUUGACCACUUCUCCCCACUUGGUAGCGCGCAUUUUUCGUACCGACAGCUAUGAGUGGGUCCUUGCGAUCACCUGCUUUAGUGUGUACAUCCAUUUUUUCGGCUACGGUGACCGUGCUGUGCGGAGGGCGGACCGUCAGGGCAGGAUCCAUCCGUGGAAAAAAUACCGUUUACAAGAUCGUUACGAAGCCGACAAACAUCGCCGUAUGAUGGAAAAGCGCGCUUUAAACGGCGUCGACGUGAGUAUAGAAGGUGUUCGACCCAAUUUAGAAACACAACAGUCCAAGUGGAAUUACGGAGCUUGGAUGUGCGAGUUUUGGGUAUAUGCUCUACCUUUGCUGACGUGGGAUAUUCUAUCACCUCGACGAUUCCGUCGCAUUGGGGCGUUUGCGGCGCCGACAACAAUGCAAAUCCUUGGAGGUGUCGCU